AUGUCCGGCAAAGCCAAAGUGACCGCCACAGGGCCUCUGCCCGACGCAGAAGCCCGCUGGAUCAAGCUCUCCAAGAUCAACUACACCGACCAGAACGGCACCCCGCGCACCUGGGAGUCCGCCGAGCGCCGCACCCGCCCCAAGUCCGGCGACAUCGACGGCGUCGGCAUCGUCGCCAUCCUCGAGAAGCCCUCCGGCCCCGAGAUCAUCCUGCAGAAGCAGUACCGCCCGCCGAUCGACCAAAUCUGCAUCGAGGUGCCCGCGGGGCUUGUCGACGAGGGCGAGACGGCCGAGCAGGCGGCUGUGAGAGAGCUGAAGGAGGAGACAGGGUAUGUUGGUGUCGCGUCUGAGACGACGCCCAUCAUGUUCAACGACCCUGGCUUCUGCAACACGAAUCUCCGCAUGAUCCACGUCACGAUCGACACCUCCCUCCCCGAGAACCAGAACCCUGUGCCGCAGCUGGAGGAGAGCGAGUUCAUCGAGGUCUUCACCGUGCCCCUGACCGACUUCUGGUCUGAGUGCGUCCGCCUGGAGAAGGAAGGCUAUGCUAUCGACGCCCGCGUGGGUACCAUCGCAGAGGGCAUCGAGCUAGCCAAGAAAUUCAAGCUAUAA